UCCGGAACCGUCUUCCUGCCACAAGCGCAACGUCGACAUCCGGUCGUGACCCGCAGAUGCCAACCGUGCAGCCCGAUGCUGCUUCCACCGCCCACAUCCACAUGCUGGUGCGUUGUCAGGUGAUGGACUGAGUUGUCUAGAAUGACGCUAGCGAGUCGCCAACAGCACAUCCUGGAAGCUUGGGAGCUGGGAGCGCGGAGCUGGAAGUGACCCGGGUGGCCCGACUAUAAACUGCAAGCUCUGCUGCCCUCUCACCUCCCCUCGGCGCAUCCACACCUCAUACAAGAAAGAAUCAUCUCAGAUAUCCAAGAUGUGCAUCGUCCUCUUAACGACGGCGCAUCCCAAAUACGCUCUGGUCGUGCUCGACAACCGUGACGAGUACAUCCUGCGGCCGACAAGCCGCCCUCACUGGUGGACCGCCAAGGUCGAGUCGCAAGGGCCGGACGGCGGAGCGAAGAGGACGGGCGAAGUCAACGUGCUUUCCAGCCGGGACCUUUACCGCGCCGAACGGGGGACCUGGUUGGGCAUCACCGAGGGCGGCAACUUCGCCGUGCUCACCAACUACCGCGAGUCCGACACGCACGAUGCGGCUCACCCCGUGGCUGGCCAGCGAAGCCGCGGCGGCAUGGUGACGGCGUGGCUCGCGGCGGACCCGGCCGAGUCGACGGAGCAGUUCGUGCAUCGCAUGCUGCACAACGGCGGGGUCAAGGGCGUGGGUGGCUUCUCGCUGGUCUGCGGCAAGCUACGGAGAGCGAAGGGCAAAAACAUCGAGCCGCUCGCCAUCAUCUCCAACCGCUGCGACCACGCCGGCCACGUCCCCUGGAUUUGCGGCGAGCGUGGGUCCGUCCAAGGGCUCAGCAACACCAUUUACGUCGACCCGAGCGGGGACGACAGGAACAACCUGUGGCCCAAGAUCCGCGACGGGACCGACUUGUUGCGCGACGCCGUCGCCGCUGCCGGCGAAGGUGCGAGCCAGGAGGAAUUUGUGGCCUCGCUUUUCAACAUCCUGGACGUGGACAAAUUCCCGUCCGAUCACACCAUCGAUCUCGAGGAGGGCCUUUCGCACUCGAAGGAUUCCAUCUUCAUCCCAGCCUUCGGCGGCCGGGCCCACCAGCACGAGAUGAGCGAGGCGCAACGGCGCGGCAACGGCAACCUGCGGCAGACGGGCAACCACUCGCCCGGCGACGAGGCGCUGACGAUGGUGGAGCGGCCGGACGCGCAACCCAACGGGUUCGAGAAGGGCCUCUACGGCACCCAGCGGCAGACCGUCAUCCUCGUCGACUGGGACGGCAACGUCACCUACAUCGAGCGCGCCCUUUGGGACUGCAACGGGAAUCCCAUUCCGCGCGGGGAGGGAGACCAGUCAUUCCAGUUCAAGAUCCAGGGCUGGGAACAGGACCCCGAGUUGCGCAACUGACGUCACCUCUCGCGUGGGUGUUAUUGAUGUCGGGCUCGUUAUGAUGCGAGGAACAGAUGCGGUUACGGUUCAACGGCGUGGUCAUUCGCGGCAGGAGCGGGGAUUUUCUUGGAUGGGUCUGUUGGGGUUUGUCGGUUACAUCAAGGGCUGGCGCUUGUUUCUCAUCAUGAAUUUUUGGGGGUUGUUGCAUUUCUGGGCUUGCUAAGCGUCGGCGUUCGAAAUGUCUUGCUUCGGCUCGGGCGCGUGGAAAUCUCAAGGGCCUCGCUCUUGCUGUUGAGCAAGACAACCGUGACCGCCCUCCGCUGCGUGCUUUCCAGCGUUUCGACCCUCCAUCCUUCCCGGUCAAGCAUCAAUGCCAUAACUGCUGCCUAGCAACCGCAACGAACGGAUGCAGCUGCCACCGCGCAUUUGCGACUUCCUCACCAUCUUCCUACCUCGUGUGCUCGGCACUUUCCCGUUUGUUGGUCGGUUCCAUGUUAUCGAAAAGCACUGAGUGAGUGGAUUGAGCGUUGUCAGGACCUGAUCGUCGAGGAAGGUACCAGGUAUGUCCCCAUCGGCACACGCAUCCCCGACAACCAGAGCAAUCCCCCACUCGAUGCACCGAUUGCCAGUCGGCUCCCGUAUAUAUCAACUACGCCUGCUGCGGUCGGACUUCAGGAACAGCGCUUAGCAUUCCCAGUCAAUUUCCCGAGUCUGCAAUUUACCAUUGAUCAACUCG